UCACCAGGAAUCAACCAUGUCCAUGAUUAAUAGAAUUGCAUUCAGGGCAGCCGCUCGUCCAGCUGUUGGCAUGGCCAUGCGUCCAGCUCCAAUCGGUUUGCGUUACCUCUCCACUCAGCAGCCAGAACCAAAGGCUAAGGCCAACUCCAUCAUCGAUGCCCUCCCUGGUAACUCGUACUUGUCCAAGACAGGUCUUUUGGCUACCACCGCUGCCGCUGCCGUGUACGGUAUCUCCAACGAGUUGAUCAUCAUCCACGAUGAAACCAUCUUGGUUGCUACCUUUGCUGCAUUCACCGCCUUGGCUGCUAAGUUCAUUGCUCCAUUGUACACCGAAUGGGCCGACGGAGAAAUCAAGAAAGUCAACGAUUUGUUGAACCAAUCCAGAACCAAACACGUAACAGCAGUCAAGGACAGAAUUGAAUCUGUUUCUCAAUUGAAGGAUGUUGUUUCCACCACUGAAGCAUUGUUUGCCAUCUCUAAGGAAACCGCUCAAUUAGAAGCUGAGACCUUUGAAUUGAAGCAAAAGAUUGCCGUUGCCCACGAAGCCAAGGCAACCUUAGACGCCUGGGUCAGAUUCGAACAACAUCAAAGACAACAAGAACAGGAACAAUUGGUCAAGUCUGUCUUGGAAAAGGUUAACAAAGAACUUGAAAACCCUAAGUUUCAAGAAAAGGUUUUGGCCGAAUCCGUUGCUGAAGUCGAAAAGUUGUUCGCUAAGAACUAAACUCAUUUUUUAAAAAUUCAGUUUAUUUAUACACGUUAGUUACGAUUAGAAUUAAGAUUAUUCUAAAGAAGAUGUAGAUUGUUAAGUGAAGAUACUUGUUG